AGCUGCGGGUGCAGAGCGGAGCGCGGUGCCCGGGCGCGGAGCGGCCCCCUCACUGCCCCGGCUGCUGCUGAGCCCGCGGCGGUUGAGCCGAGCCCGCGGGUCCCCGGCCGGCCGCGCACCUGCCAGAGCCUGGGCAGGAUCCCCCCCUUCUCGGGCCGGCGUCGAUGCUGAGCGGGUCGGGGGGACUCCCCACCUCCCGUGCACCAUGGACGGCUUCUACGACCAGCAGGUUCCUUUCAUGGGCCCCGAGAAGUCCUGUGCAGAGGAGGGCCGAGGCCGGCUGGGAUCUGAUAGGAAAAGGAAAUUUUUGGAGACCGACCUAGCCCACGACUCAGAAGAGCUCUUCCAGGAUCUCAGCCAGCUCCAAGAGGCCUGGCUAGCUGAAGCUCAGGUCCCUGACGAUGAACAGUUUGUCCCAGAUUUCCAGUCUGAAAGCUUGGUUCUGCACGCCCCACCUCCGGCAAAGAUCAAGCGGGAACUGCACAGCCCUUCCUCAGAGCUGUCGUCCUGCAGCCAUGAGCAAGCUCUCUGUGCCAGCUAUGGGGACAAGUGCCUCUACAACUGCUGUGCCUAUGACAGGAAGCCCCCCGCCGGGUUCAAGCCAUUAACGCCGCCUGCCACACCGGUGUCUCCUGCACAUCAGGGAUCGGCCCUGCCGCCACCGGCCCCAGCCGUGCAGGCAGUGGCCCAUGGGGCAGCCCCGGCACCGCACGCGCUGCAGGAGCAGAGGCAGCAGACCUUUGCCGUGCCGCGGCCGCCUCACCCGCCCAUGCACAUGCCAAAGAUGAUGUCUGAAAACCAAUACCCCGCAGAGCACAGGUUCCAGAGGCAGCUGUCUGAGCCCUGCCUCCCCUUCCCGCCGCAGCCCGGGGUCCCAGGGGACAGCCGCCCCGUCUACCACCGGCAGCUGUCGGAGCCCCUCGGCCCUGCCGCCCCUCGCCCCCCUCAGGGAUUCAAGCAGGAGUACCAUGACCCACUCUACGAGCAUGGUGGCCCCAGCCUGCCCGGCCCUGCCCCCAGCCACAGCUUCCAACCCCCCAUGGGCAUCAAGCAGGAGCCCCGGGACUACUGCAUCGACUCAGAAGUGCCUAACUGCCAGUCCUCAUACCUGCGGGGGGGUGUCUUCCCCAGCAGCCAUGAUGGAUUUUCAUAUGAAAAGGACACACGAUUGUAUUUUGAUGACACAUGCGUGGUACCAGAGAGGCUGGAGGGUAAAGUGAAGCAGGAGCCCACCCUGUACCGUGAGGGCCCUCCCUACCAGCGGCGUGGGUCCCUGCAGCUCUGGCAGUUCCUGGUCACCCUCCUGGAUGACCCUGCCAAUGCCCACUUCAUUGCCUGGACUGGUCGGGGCAUGGAGUUCAAGCUGAUCGAGCCUGAGGAGGUAGCACGGCGCUGGGGCAUCCAGAAGAACCGGCCAGCCAUGAACUACGACAAGCUCAGCCGCUCCCUGCGCUACUACUACGAGAAGGGCAUCAUGCAGAAGGUGGCUGGUGAGCGGUACGUCUAUAAGUUUGUUUGUGACCCCGAUGCCCUGUUUUCCAUGGCCUACCCUGAUAACCAGCGCCCCUUCCUGAAGACAGAGCCCGACUGCCCAGUGCCCGAGGAGGAGACGGUGCCGCUGACGCACUUUGAGGACAGCCCGGCUUACCUCCUGGAGAUGGAUCCCUGCGGCAGCCUUCCCUAUGCGGAGGGCUUCGCUUACUGACUCAGCCAGGCUGGCAGAGCCACGAGCACUAGCGCAUCCACCUGGGGCAAAUACGGUUUUCUAAAGAAUACUUUUUGCUGUUCAAAAGGAAAAACAAACCCACCAAACCGCAUGCACACACAAAUUGGAGGAAUCUAAAACGCCCUGUGUGUGUCACUGCUGAAUUCCCACCCUUCCUGUCCAAGGGCUAGUGCACAGGACUGCCUCUGGCUGGCACCUCCUGCCCAACAUCUGUGUGAUGCUUUGGGGCAAUGGGAGGUAAAGAUGCAGGUCUCUGACCCAGGCCCUGUUCCUCGCCAGCACCGUGAGGCCUGAUGGCUCCAGCAGUGCCCCGGGACUGGGCUGAGCCGCCGUGGCCGCCUCGCCAAUUGUCACGACAAUCUGCUUUGCAUCGAGCACAAUCCGCGUAGCUGCCUUGUGUGGUGGAAAGGGCUUUGAUUUGCACAGAGGAGGGAUGCGGGGGGGGCCUCGAGGGCCACCACCCCAGGGCUGAUGUGCGCAGCAUCCUACCCCAACCCUGAGGAGCCUUCUGCCUUCUUCCCAAACCCACCCUUAACGGUAUAAUCUGAUACAAUGGUUUCCUGCCCCAAGCCCUCCUGCUUUCCCCCUAACCCCUGGGUCCCCUCUGUGUCCCUUGUUCCUCUUCCUCAGCGCUGUGGCUGUGGGCCAUGGGUUGUGUUUCAGGGGAGGAGGUCCUGACCCUAUCUCCCUCGUUUCUUUUUUCUUUUUUUUUUCCUUUUUUUUUAAUUAAUGUUUUAGGAGGGAAAAAAAAGGUUUCAAAGGUUUCUAAACUGAUUUUUGUAGAUUUUUUUUUUUUUAUUUCAAAGCAAAGCUACUUUUUUUUGUAGCCCGGCUGCUGUUCCCAGAGCCCAUGGGGAUGCGCCCCUGGCUUUCCCGGUGCAGUGCCUGCAGCUCCCCGGGAUAGCUGCUGAAGUAUCUGGUCCACUCCAUUUCACCACUUGAGUCCUCUUUCCCUAGGGAACUGGGGCUGAACCCCGGUGCCUGCUCAGCUGCACUCCCCUCCCUGCUCAGCAUGGCCUCGGAGCUGGGUUGUAAGCCUAUGGCAGGUGGGGACAGUGGGGUCCCCUAUCCCCUUCCUGGGGUACCCCAUGUCCCUCCAGCUCCCCCCUCCCUGCUGCGCCUCCUAACACUCCACCACUCAUAUCCAUACCUGCCUGUUCCCCUCCACUGGCUACAUGUUUUUGUUGUAAAUGCUGUAUAGGAUUUUUUUUUCUCUUCCUUAGUUAGCUUUGGUUGGAUUUUUGGGUUGGUUUUGGGGUUUUUUUGACCGAUUUGUUCUUUUGGGGGAAGUAUGAAGAUUAACUCUGGGUAGAUACAUUUGCUCUCCCCAUGGUGGUUGCAGUGGCCUGUACCCUUGGGGAGUAGUCGGUUGCAGGAACCCCACCUUGGGGCAAAGUUUUAACCAUUUGCUCAGUGUGGCAGAUCUGUGGUGCAGAAGGAGUUAAUCUGAGGACUGAUUUGAAAUAACCUUUACUCGAGCAGGGCUAUGUAUCUCCUGCAAAGCUGCAUUACAUUCUGUACUGUGUACAAUAAAGGAUCUUGCUUUCUGUUCCUCA